GUAAUGUCAUAAAUAAAGUGCUGUGUAAGUAUCAUUAAUCUUUAUCAAUCAUAAAAUCAUUUACUUUCACAGUUUAGGCCAUAUUUGUCUUGUGUUGGUUUUAUUUGUAGUAUCUUAAGAAAAAUUUCUCUUUUCAACUCUCCAUUGAAGUCAGGUAAUUUAUACUAAACUGAUAGCUGAGUGAAUAUUUUAUUCUUAUCCUUAAUUAAAAUGGACCUAGGCUUAACUAAAUUAUAUUUGGCUGAGGUUUGUGUCCAAAUAAGUGAACUGUCAUAGAUGAUUACCAGUUGGUACAAUGACUAUAGGGAACACUUACUGUUUUGUAUUCUUAGAUACUUAUCCCUCCUCCUUGGGAAAGCAUUCUUCUCUGGGGGAAACUACUUUUCCUGCUAGUGUCACUGCAACCACUUGACUUUAGUUGGUGCCGUGGUGUUUUUCAAUAUACCCAUUUCCAUAGUCCCAGGGGAUGUACACUGGGAUGGGCCACUGUCCAAUGUUGACAGAUCAAAACCCUUCCCAAGAAAGUAUAUCUUUGACUCCAUUGAAUUUUUUGCCUUCUACAUGUUUGUAGAAAAGACAUUGUCUGAAUUCUGAACUUACAUUGAUUUCUAACAAAACAAAUGGCCAUUUCCUCUUAGUCUUACUGGGCAUUGCACAGAGUGAAUUUACAAAGGAAAAAAUUGCCCAGAGACUGACAAGAAAUCACAUUUAAAAAAUUUUUCAGGAGUUACAGGCACAUUGCAAUUUGGGAGUAGAAAGUGGAUUUUAAAAUUCAUAACUUCUUCUAACACAAUACAGCAAUUUUUUUGUAAUUGAAUGUAAGCACCCAAGAGCAAGAAUUUUGUGUUUAAUUUACCAUUUUAUCUCCAGAAGCUAGAAAAUUGCCUGCAUAGAGAAAUACUGGUUAAAUGAAUAAAUGAAUUUGUCUUGAGCAGAGUUUUGUAUACUGAACUUGUACCUUUAAGGAAGAUGAAUAUAGAUAUAGAUAUGUAAGUAUUACUUUUGCUCUCACAAAUAUUGUUAGCUACCUGAAGAAUACCGCAGAGUGGGGUGGAGUGGAGUUUAUAACCCAAAAGGCUUUCUUUUUGUUUUAACUGUUGCAUGAUGCUUUGAAAUGAAAAACAACAAAAAACCCACCCCAAAAAACAAAAACUGAAGUUGUAAGGCAGGACGCUUGGUGGCGCUGCAGGCUAAGAAAGUGAAAAACUCUGCAGCCUCUGUAACAGCUGAGCAGUUUCCGGCUACUUGAAAAGGAAAGGUUUUACACUCUUGGGCGAUGGUAGGUUUCAGAGAGGCCGCUAUCCCCAUGUCAGUCAAUGUUAGCAACUAACUCAAGAUUAUUGAAUGAAGAUAGUAGAGUUGGCUGCACAGCAAUUAUUUUGUGAUUAAAUACUGCAUCUUUUGGACGCCGAAGAACGAUGGAGACAAUGCUACCCAAAGCGCUGCAGAAAAGGCAAGUGAGCUCCAUUAUUAUCCUAAUACUGUUAAUACGGUGGGAAGUGGGCAGUACGACCAUUAAGUAUUCGGUUCUAGAAGAGAGGGAAAGCGGCUCCUUUGUGGCCAACCUCGCGAAAGAUCUGGGGCUUGGCUUGGGGGAGCUGGCCGCGCGGGGUGCUCGAAUUCUUUCCAAAGGGAAUCAACAGUAUUUGCAGCUCGAGCAGAAGAGUGGGAAUUUGCUCCUAAACGAAAAAUUGGACCGGGAAGAGUUGUGCGGUGACACAGAUCCAUGUAUACUGCAUUUCCAGGUCUUAUUAAAAAGCCCAGUGCAGUUUAUUAAAGGUGAACUACAGCUACGAGACAUAAAUGACCACGCCCCAGAAUUCCUGGAAAAUGAAAUCCUCCUGAAAAUCUCAGAAAGCAGCCAUCCAGGGACUGCAUUUCCUUUGAAAAUAGCUCAAGAUUUAGACGUGGGCAGUAACACAGUUCAGAACUACACUAUUAGCACCAACUCCCAUUUCCACCUUUUCACUCGAAAUCACAGCGAUGGCAGGAGAUACCCUGAGCUGGUGCUGGACAAAGCGCUGGACCGGGAAGAAGAGUCAGAGCUCAGGUUAACGCUCAUGGCCCUGGAUGGUGGGUCACCGCCUAGAACUGGGACUUCUCAGGUUCUCAUCGUAGUCUUGGACAUAAAUGAUAAUGCUCCUGAAUUUGCUCAGCUGCUCUAUGAGGUGCAAAUCCCAGAGAACAGCCCUAUAGGGUCCCUUGUCAUCACUGUGACUGCUAGAGAUUUAGAUGCUGGGACUCUUGGAGAGCUCUCCUACUCAUUUUUCCAAUCCUCAAAUCAAGUGAUUCAGGCCUUUGAAAUAAACGUAGUCACAGGGGAAAUUCGAUUAAAAAAAAUGUUGGAUUUUGAGGAAAUUCAAUCUUACCGUAUGGAAAUUGAGGCUUCAGAUGGCGGGGGACUAUCAGGAAAAUGCUCUGUAGCCAUAGAAGUGAUGGAUGUAAACGACAACACGCCCGAACUGACUAUGUCAGUAUUCACCAGUGAUAUCCCAGAAAACACCCCUGAUACAGUGGUCGCUAUUUUUGGAAUUUCAGAUCCAGACUCCGGGGAAAAUGGCAAAAUGAUGUGUUCCAUCCCAGACCAUCUCCCCUUCCUUCUGAAACUUACUGUAGAAAAUUUCUACACUCUAGUAACUGAAGGAGCGCUGGACAGAGAGAGCCAGGCCGAGUACAACAUCACCAUCACCGUCACUGACCUGGGCACCCCCAGGCUGCAAACCCAGCACCACAUGACGGUGACGGUGUCCGACGUGAACGACAACGCGCCGGCCUUCAGCCACACCGCCUACACCCUGCGGGUGCGCGAGAACAACAGCCCCGGCCUGCACAUCGGCCGCGUGAGCGCCGCGGACAGAGACGCGGGCGCCAACGCGCAGGUCACCUACUCGCUGCUGCCGCCGCACGACCCGCGGCUGCCCCUGGCCUCGCUGGUGUCCCUCAACGCGGCCACCGGGCAGCUGUUCGCGCUCAGCUCCCUGGACUUCGAGGCGCUGCGCGCGUUCGAGUUCCGCGUGGGCGCGGCCGACCGCGGCUCGCCGGCGCUCAGCAGCCAGGCGCUGGUGCGCGUGCUGGUGGGGGACGCCAACGACAACGCGCCCUUCGUGCUGUACCCGCCGCAGAACGGCUCGGCGCGCUGCCCCGAGCUGGUGCCCAGGGCGGCCGAGGCGGGCUACCUGGUGACCAAGGUGGUGGCGGUGGACGGCGACUCGGGCCAGAACGCCUGGCUGGCGUACCAGCUGCUCAGGGCCACGGAGCCCGGGCUGUUCGGCGUGUGGGCGCACAACGGCGAGGUGCGCACGGCCAGGCCGCUGAGCGCGCGCGACGCCGUCCGGCACAGGCUGCUGGUGCUGGUCAAGGACAACGGCGAGCCGCCGCUGUCGGCCAGCGUCACGCUGCACGUGCUGCUGGUGGACGGCUUCUCGCAGCCCUACCUGCCGCUCCCGGCCGCGGCGGCGGCCGAGGCCCGGGCCGACCCGCUCACCGUCCACCUGGUGGUGGCCUUGGCGUCGGUGUCGUCGCUCUUGCUGGUGGCGGUGCUGGGGUUCGUGGCGGUGCGGCUGGGCAGGAGGAGCCGGGCCGCGGCGGGGGGCGGCUGCUCGCUGCCCGAGGGCCCCUUCGCGGGCCACCUGCUGGACGUCAGCGGCGCGGGGACCCUGUCGCACAGCUACCAGUACCAGGUGUGUCUGACGGGAGACUCAGGAACCAAUGAGUUCAAGUUCCUCAAGCCAGUUCUCCCCAGUUUCCUUGGUCUGGGUGAAGAGAGGAUUAGUGAAGCAAACCCCAGUUUCAGGGAUAACUUUGAAUUCAAUUAAGUAUUAAUUAAUAAGGGUCUACUGAGCCUAGUCUCAGUUAAUUUGUUGAAAGUCCUUUUUUACUGCCUUGCUUAUUGGGGUUCUAUUCUAAUUUAGUGCAUGUUACUGGUGUUUCUAAAUGUGUUCAUUUGUGGUAUAAGGAAUGCAAAUUUCCUUUGCUUUCUUUUUGUUGAUUAGUCUCACUGUAACUUCAUUCAACUUAAAGUGUGAAAGUAAAUUUUGUAUUUUCAGAAGUCUUUAAUUUUUAAGUUACAGCACCUUUUUCCAAACUCACCUUCCACAGCUCGUAGGUAAUUUUGCAGAACUUAAAAUUUAAAACAUUUUUUAAAUGUUUUAAUCGCUACAUAAGCUUAUUCUUUCUCCAACCCAGAAUAUUUGUGUUUGUAUAUUCUCUUAGACUAGUAUAACUUUUAUUCUGUUAACUCAUAUUGACUAAAACCAUUAAUAUAUGCAUAUUCAUUAAUAACAAAGCAACCUCUCACAUUUUUCUAAAUAUGUACUUCCUUAAAGUGUCCAUAAUGAAGAUUAUGAUUCCUUAGAGAUUGUGACAACCUUGACUGCUGGAUUCUACAAACCAUUCACAUCAAAAGUGCUCAGUCAACCACUAAUAUUCUCAAAUGUAGUUAAAUAAAUAGCAUGUGUCCAGUUGUUUUCAAAGCCAUGUAAUUCUUCAUGCUUUCUAUUAAUAUUUUUUUCUUUAAACCUCUGCUCAUUUCAAAAGUUACCCAUUUUAGCAAUUGCAAGUCAUCUAUUAACAUCCUUAAAAUCCAGAAGAUAUGAGGAAAUAAAUCUAUGUCUUUGUCCUUGAGCAAAUUUUAGAAACUUCAAAUGUAGUUUGGCAUUGCAUUUUUCAAAAAUUCUGGACCAUUGGGGCGCCUGGGUGGCUCAGUCGUUAAGCGUCUGCCUUCGGCUCAGGUCAUGAUCCCAGGGUCCUGGGAUUGAACCCUGCAUCGGGCUCCCUGCUCAGCGGGAGGCCUGCUUCUCCCUCUCCCACUCCCUCUGCUUGUGUUCCUGCUGUCUCUAUCUCUCUCUCUGUCAAAUAAAUAAAUAAAAUCUUUAAAAAAAUUUUUUUUGGAGCAUUUAUGAUUCCAUUUUGGAAAUAAGCCUACGGGGAAAGAUUUAUCUUAGUGUGGCCAUUUUUUUUUUCUUCACUACUUCUAUUUUUCCCUUUUCUGUUUCCUAGGCUUUUCAUAACUUUUUUUCUUUUUAGGUUCUGGAAUAUGUUUCCCAACAGCUCCCCAUUUAUUGUAUGAUUAGCACAGUAAUUGGAGGAUUAUAGGUUAAUAAAAGUUUUGGCUAAAUGAUUGAAAGAAAGAAGUGUCUUUAUUUCACCCUGUGAUAUUUUGAUAUUUAAAGACACUAAAAUACUCAUAGAACAAAAUUUUGCUGGAAUUAAAUGCUCUCUAAUGUAUAAGGAAUUACAUAUAUAAUUUUUGGUUAUUAAUUCAACUGAUCACUAUUACUGAAAGAUUAUGCAGUUAUCAGUCCCUGGUGUCUCUUUCCUUCAAUAUAUUUUUCCUUUCUCUCCUCCUGAUUAAUUUGAGUCUCCUCUCCUGCGUUCUAGCUUAAGGAAUAUAUAUGGGGAAAUUGUAUUUUUUAUUUUAUAAUUUAAAUUUCCUUCUAUAAUUCCCUAAAUGAUUCAUCCAACUUUAUUUCUUGCAGUUCAAUUUCACAUCCAUACAUUAAGACACAGUUUUAGUUCUUAGUGUUCUUCAGCCUAUAUUUAAGUUCUUAUGUCAUUUUAUGUUUAUUUGUAUGAGCUUUACUAUUAAAAUUAUAAUAUGAAUUUUAAAGGUGUCCUUUUGAGAUUCACAGUGUAGAGCACUGCUAAUACUUAAUAGGAUCUUGGAUAAGUCACAUCAUUUCUAUUCCCCCAAAAUGCUAGUAACAGCUAUUUCUCUAGCUUGAAAUUACGAUAAAAUGAGAUAAUAUAAAGAUAUAGAAGUAUAAUUGCUGUUAUUUUUAGUGUUACUAAUAUUAAGAGUAAUCCUAAUAAAUGAUCCUUCAUGUUACAUUCCUGGUAAUUGUGAAGAUGCUAGAUUGAACACUUGAUAUUUGAAUUGUUUCAUUUCUCUGCCUAAAACCUUGCAAUAUCUUC